AGGACGCGCACAUACGAACGACAUGGGGAACGCGCAAUCCUUGACGCGCACGAGCGGCGCACUGGACUCGUUUGUGGCCGAACUCGGAGGAGACGUCGUGUACGAGCGGAGCUUGGGCUCCGCGCGGUUCUUGAAGACGGUCAAGUGCCGGCACAAGAAUGGGUUCUUGGUGGUCAAGAUAUUCAUCAAGCCGGACCCGGGGAUGAGCUUGCGCAAGUAUCAUAGGAGGCUGAAGAUUGAGCGAGAAGCCCUUGCGGAGCUACCGAACGUGUAUGGCUACCAGUCCUUCGUCGAGACGGACAAGGCGGGCUAUAUCAUCAGGCAAUGGGUCGCAAGCAACCUGUACGACAGGAUAAGCACGCGCCCGUUCCUCAGCCUCGUCGAGAAGAAAUGGAUCGCGUUCCAGAUCCUCAACGCCCUCCGCGACGCGCGCAACCGCAAGGUCUCGCACGGGGACAUCAAGUCCGAGAACAUCCUCGUUACCUCCUGGAACUGGGUCUACGUCUCCGACUUCGCGUCGUACAAGCCCACAUAUCUGCCCCUCGACGACCCAUCCGACUUCUCGUUCUUCUUCGACACGUCGGGCCGCCGCUCGUGCUACAUCGCGCCCGAGCGGUUCUACACCGCGAGCGAGAACCCGGACAUCAGCGCGAAGAAGUCGAGGCUGGCGAUGGAGGACAGCGAGGGGAAGCGGGACGGGAGGGUCACGGAGGCGAUGGACUGCUUUAGCGUGGGGUGUGUGAUCGCGGAGCUGUUCUUGGAGGGCAAGCCGCUGUUCACGCUGAGCGAGCUGUUCAAAUUCCGGGAGGGAGAGCUAAAAGUAGACACGCAGCUCGGCGCGGUGGAGGACGACGGCGUGAGGCAACUCAUCAAACAAAUGAUUGCCAUUGACCCCAACUCACGACCGACCUUCGACACGCUGCUGCACACGUCGCGAGGGACCGUCUUCCCGGAGAGCUUCUAUUCGUUUUUGCACAACUAUGUCUCCACCGUGAACGAGGUCAACUCCCCUUCCCUGUUCUCCGCGGCCGCCACGCCUUCCACCAUCCCUGCGAGUACGACCGUGUCUGCCCACAAAGGUGCAGGUCCCAACGCGUCCGCUAGUGCGAACCUGAAUGGGGAGCUGCCCAAUGACCCGCUUCCGAGUGAUUCUGACCAUCGUAUGGAGCGAAUAUGGGCGGACUACGAGAGCGUGGAACCAUAUCUCAUCAACGAGGCUAUCGAGGAGACGGUGAUGGAUGUGAAGAUCGACUAUGCGCCACAGCCGAUGUCCUCGCGACCUUUUCAUGACGUGCUUCCGGUUGAGCUGAACAUUCCAAAUCGCGAGAGCAAGCUGCACAGCGCGUGGUCUGCGGGCAAGCGUGCAGCAGCCGAAGAUGGUCCCGCGCUCAUCAUUCUCUCCCUCGUCUGCGCGAACAUUCGUAAUUGCUAUCUCCCAAGCUCCAAAGUUCGCGCGCUCGACGUCUUCCUCGCGCUGUCUUCGCACCUCACCGACGAGGCGAAACUCGACCGCAUGGUCCCGUACAUAGUCGACCUCCUCCACGACGACGCCGCAAUAGUCCGCGCAGCCGCGCUGCGCACGUUGAUGCAAGUCCUCAUGCUCGUGACAGUGAUCGCCCCUUCGAACGCCGCAAUGUUCCCUGAAUACAUCAUUCCGGCGAUAGCGCACCUUGUGCGGGACCCGGAGGUGCUCGUGCGGUGCAUGUAUGCGCAGAUCAUCGUUCCGCUCGCGAAUACUGCGGUGCAUUAUCUGGAGAUGGGCCAGGCGCUGAAGGCGCACGGGACGUACAAGCUUUCGCCGGAUACGCAGGAAUACGACGAGGCGCACUUCGAGGUGUCAUAUGAUGCGAGUAUGGCUGAUCUCCAGAACAGUAUCCAGGAGCAUCUUUCGACACUGCUUGUGGACCCGUCCAGCGUUGUCAAGCGCGCAGUCCUGCACAACAUCUCCUCGCUGUGCAUCUUCCUUGGUCGGCAAAAGACGAAUGACGUUUUGCUCAGCCAUAUGAUCACGUACCUCAACGAUCGCGACUGGUUGCUCCGGUAUGCGUUUUUUGACAGCAUUGUUGACGUCGCAGCCUGCGCGGGCGGGCGGAGUCUGGAGGAGUACAUCCUCCCCUUGAUGAUUCAAGCACUCUCCGACGUGGAGGAGACCGUGGUCGCGAAGGUCCUGGCAUCGUUAACCAAUCUCUGCGAACUGGGGCUGUUCCAGAAAAUGCGGAUUUGGGAACUCAUGAGCGCUACCCUUGGUUUCCUCUAUCACCCCAAUAUCUGGAUACGGGAAGGUGCUGCGGCAUUCAUCGCCUCCGCUGCAAAGCACCUGCCUCUCAGUGACGUAUGGUGUAUUUUGUAUCCCUCCCUCAAGCACUUCCUCCGGUCGGAUGUCAGGGACGUGGACGAGAAGGGCCUACUUUUGGCUAUGAAGCGUCCGCUUUCUAGGCAGAUCUUCGAUGCCGCAGUCCAGUGGGCCAUGAAAGCGGACUCAAGGACCCAGUUCUGGCGGUCGCAUCGAAGCACGAAGAGCGAGUCGCCGCGGGAGAGCGUGGCGACUGUGCGCCAAGCCGGCAGCGCGGCUUCCCGAGCUAGAUCGGAUGAGGACGAAGCCCAAAUCUCGAAGCUACAGCAGCUGGGCAUGAAUUCGACCGAGGAGGCGAAGCUGUUGGCGAUGCGGGAUUACAUUCUAAAGCUUGCGCGCGCGAUCUCGAGUUUCGCUUCCCGGGUCAGCGUGGAGGUCGAGUCAGAUGCGCUCAAAGUGACGUCGACGAUCGAGCUGCAGAAGCUGGGAGUGGUACCACAAACCGUGUUCCUGCGGAAUUCAGAGUCAGACGGGCGGCCAUCCCGACAUCGCUUGAACUCUGAGUUCACGCUUAGGUCUCCUGGUACCCCUAGGACGCAUCGGACGCUCAGCAUCGACCAUGGCCCCUCGUCGGUUGGAGCACCGUUUGAAGACCUCCGGAGGAGACUUGCACUCAUCAACGGGUCACAUACUAGCGUUGCCGCACCCGGGUCGCGCGAGCCAAGGAGUCCGGUCCCUCGCCCUCUUUCCAUCGACACUACUGCUGCCCUCCUUUCCCCUGCGCAACCCGACCUUCCCUCGUUGGAGCGGCCCAACAGUCCGGCGGAGUCGACGGUGUCGACAACGAACUCCUCUGCGAUACGCGUGAUGCGCUUCCCCAUUGGGGGCGAUGGGCAGAAGGCGGCACCGGCUGUUGGGUCCUCGAAGGCAAGCGCGACGGGCUUGUUGGAGGCGCAUGCGCAGAUCUUGUCGGAGGGUUCACAGUCACCGUCGGGAAGGUCAUCGCCUGUUUCCAUCGCGGGGACUGUGAGGGGCCAGGAGAAGCUGCGGCCACCUUCCAUCGCUCCUAUCUCGAGUUACGACGGACAAGAGCCUGGGAUCAGCAACAUGCUUGAGCACCUAUAUCUGGACAACAAUCGUGACCUGCAGGAUGAUUUUGGUCCUCGAGUUCACGACGGUCCAGUCCGGCGGCGUAACACUGCGCGCCACAGCUUCAUGCCGCGGGACGGCUCUGCGCGUCGACUGGAGGCGUCGCUCAUCGCCCACUUCAAUUCUCACUCUGACGCUGUUACGGGCAUCGCAGUGUCACCAGACCACAUGUUCUUUGUCUCAUCUUCGGACGAUAAGACGGUCAAGGUAUGGGACACGGCACGCCUGGAGAGGAACGUCGCGAGCAAGCCGCGGCACACGUACAACCAGCACCACGCGCGGGUCAAGUGCUUGUGCAUGCUCGAAGGUGUCCACUGCUUCGCUAGCGCGGCCGACGACGGGAGCCUGCAUAUUGUGCGUGUGCAGGUGAGCCAGAGUGGGACGCUGCCGAAGUACAACAAGUUGCAUACCGUGCGCGAACAUCGAGUGGAUACUCCUGGGGAGUAUAUCACCAGCAUGUCGCAUUAUGGAACAGACACCUCAUCCAACCUGAUCUAUGCGACCACGCACUCUGUCAUCACUAUUCUCGACUUGCGAACAAUGCGUAGCCUUCAGCGAAUGGAGAACCCCCGACAUCAUGGACCAAUCACGUGCCUAUGUCUUGACCGAAAGCGCACUUGGAUCAUCUGUGGAACAUCGACCGGCGUGCUCUCCCUCUGGGACAUCCGAUUCGGUAUCCUCAUCAAGAGCUGGAAGGUCGGCGACUCGCUCGGGGGCAAGUUCGGCCGGGUACACCAGUGUGUCGUCCACCCAACGAAGGGCAAGGGCAAGUGGGUUAUCGUAGCUGUGGAGAGCCACAAGGCCAGCAACACAGAUAAUCAGUCGCAUACGCUGCUUGAAGUAUGGGACAUCGAGAAGACGACGCUGGUCGAGUCCUUCAUUUUGCGGAUAGUCGUUAACCCAUCGGACCCUAUGGAAGAACCCAAGGAGAUUGAGGUCAACGAAGCAGAGACGGGCCCUGCCGCCGCCAUUGCUGCGCUCGUCCGAGCAAGGCAAGAGAGCGGCUCAAGUGAUGCGUCUACUCCACGACUUGGCUUUGUCGGUGCGGACACCUUUGGGAGCGAGGCGCCACUACCUCCUUUCCCAGAUGUGCGCGCCAUCGUCGCUGGGGUGGAAUUCGGCGGACAUACUGUGAUGCACCGGUCGCACAUGGCAGAAUCUGACGGGAAGGCAUCGAGUCGGUCGGCGUCCUCACGAGGCUUCAUCGUGACAGGCUCCGAGGACUGCAGGCUCCGCUUCUGGGACCUCGCUCGUCCAGAGCGUUCUGUGAUCUUGAGCGGAAAUGAGACAGAUAGCGACAAGCCCACCUACAGUUCUAUCCGUGCAUCUGCGGGAUCGGCGUCGACAUAUGCCGAGACAUGGUUAGCGUCGCAGUCCGGGAACCAGCAUAACCGCCCUCCACAGCGGCUUUCUCUCAUCAACCACAACCAACAGAAUCUCUUGAAGGGCCAUCAGGAUACCAUCACUGCCCUCGCGUGCAUCGACUCUCCCUUCAAGGGAGGACUAGUGAGCGGCGACCGGGCGGGAGUCAUCAAGGUCUGGAGGGUGGAGUCGUUUGACCAGUGAUCAUAUCGGAUUCCUUGUUUCAUAUGUAGCUCUAGGCAAUCUUGGAUUCGUCUUACGUGUAGUGUAUGUCCCUAGACCGCCAAUUACAUCGGC